CGCAAUAAAAUUAUCCCUUUCAAAUUGACGCACGGAGGAAGUGUGAAGCAAUACGUGUUACCGGUUACAACCUAGUGUUUCAGCGUAGUUUUCUACCUAAAGAACAAUGGGUGAUAUUCCUAUUGGAGACGCCACAAAGGGGGCCAAGAUCUUCAAGACUAAAUGUGCACAGUGUCACACAGUAGAGGCAAAUGGUAAGCAUAAGACGGGUCCGAACCUUCAUGGCUUGUUUGGUCGCAAAACUGGACAGGCACCAGGUUUCUCUUACACUGAUGCUAACAAGAACAAGGGCAUCACAUGGGGCCCAGACACUCUGUGGAUUUACCUGGAAAACCCCAAGAAGUACAUUCCUGGAACAAAGAUGGUCUUUGCUGGUCUAAAGAAAAAAGCUGAGAGAGCAGAUCUCAUUGCUUACCUGAAGGAGGCCACAAGCUGAAACCAGUUUUGUGCAGAAUAAUGCAGAAGUGCCAUGCAAUUAUAUGGAUUUUACUUUCUUUUCAUCAAGCAUGUAACAUACUAUUUGAAAAGACACUAGUGUGGAUUGCUGGAAUGUGUCUGAACAACUUUAAUUAAUUUGCUGUACAGGAUGUGAAACAGUAUUAUUUACAAGGCUGUGCUUUGUUGUAAUGUACUGAUUUUAAAAGGCCAUGGUGACAAUGAAAUUUUCUGAGUUUUAAA